AUGCAAUAUUCAAUUGAUGAAAGGGAAAACGAGAAAGCCCUAAUCUUUGAACUUCGAUUCUUAAUGGCCAUGGCUAGUGGAUCUUUCAAGUUGGAACACACACUGGAGAGGAGACAAAUUGAAGCUUCUCGCAUCAGGGAGAAGUAUCCAGACAGAGUUCCAGUGAUUGUAGAGAAAGCUGAGAGAAGUGAUGUUCCCAAUAUCGACAAGAAAAAGUACCUUGUUCCUGCUGAUCUAACUGUGGGACAAUUUGUGUAUGUUGUACGUAAGAGAAUCAAGCUGAGUGCUGAAAAGGCAAUUUUUGUGUUUGUGAAGAACACAUUGCCACCAACUGCUGCGAUGAUGUCUGCAAUCUAUGAGGAGAACAAAGAUGAAGAUGGGUUUCUCUACAUGACUUACAGUGGAGAGAACACUUUUGGUUUGGUUUAA